AUGGAUAAUUUGCCCAAAAACGAUUUUGUUCUUCCUUUUUCUGUCCAUACAAAAAAAGGUAAAGAAGAAAAAAGAUACCUAAACAAAAGUUAUUUUGAAAAAUAUAAAUGGUUAACUUUUUCUAAAACAAUGUCAGGACUGUACUGUAAAUUUUGUGUUUUAUUCGGUGAUAAAGGAGGGAGAUACAAAACGGUUACAUUAAGUAAAUUUGUUUCUAAACCAUUGCAAAAGUACUCUAAACUCUUAGGAAAAGAUGGAGAUCUUGAAGUACACAGCAAACAUAUUUAUCACAUAAAUUGUGUUCAAGUUGCUGAUGAUUUUAUAAAAACGUUUAAUAAUCCUCAAAAAGAAGUAAUAAAUUUAAUAAACAGUGAAAGAAUGAAGCAAAUAACAGAAAAUCGAAAUCGUUUAAAACCCAUAAUAGAGUCUAUCAUAUUCUUAGGUCGUCAAAAUAUUCCAUUACGGGGUCAUCGAGAUCAUGGAGACUUUUUUGAAAAUUACAAUGAAGCAAAUAUUUUAUGUGUGACAGCACCUGUUAGUCGUAUUCUCCAAGGUAUGAACAAUGAUAUAUUAAAUGCUAAAAACUGUAUUGAUGAUAUAAUAUUUAGUUUAGAAAAUAAACGUACCAAUUGUCUACAAAUAUUUGGAAAUAUAUAUCAAGAGUGUGUGUUGUUAAUGAACGAAAUGGAUAUUGAAGUUAAAACCCCUAGAUUAUCAAAAUAUCAAACAAAACGCUCUAAUCAUCCAAAGAUUUAA